AUGCUGCUUCCGAAAGGUGGCGUUAGCUGGAAGGCCGCAAGAGCAAGUCUUCCUCCAACGAGGGCGAUUUGGGUGCUGUUGACCAGGACGCGUUUCCUUUUUCUCCUCGCCCUCGCCGGCAUAAUAUUAUUACUAUGGCGUGGGAUACGCAGUUCAGCCUCCGAGAUGCAGAGUUUUUACUGUUGGGGACCGUCGAAAACGCCCAUGGAGAUGACCCCCAACGAGCAAGCUGCAUGGACAUCACACCUGCGCACUCCCGUCAUAUUCAACAACCACGCCCCGAUAGAAAUCAACUCGUCAAGCAUCCAAUAUGUCGAUCUGAACCCUAUCAAAUCGACGACGAGGGCGGUACAAAACAAGGAACGAGUACUCAUCCUCACGCCGCUCAAAGAUGCCUCCAGUCACCUUUCUAAAUACUUUGAGCUGCUCGCAAAGCUUACCUAUCCCCACGACCUCAUCGACCUCGCUUUCCUCGUCAGCGACACCACCGACGACACCCUUGCUGUCCUCUCGGCCGAACUCGCCCGGCUUCAGAAGCGGCCAGAUAACAUCCCCUUCAGGAGCGCCAUGAUCAUUGAGAAGGAUUUCGAUUUUAAGCUGAGCCAGGAUGUGAAUGACCGUCACGGGUUCGAAGCUCAGGCCCCCCGGCGGAAGGCCUUGGGCAGGGCGCGGAACUACCUCCUGGCCACGGCUCUCAAACCAGAACAUUCGUGGGUGUAUUGGAGAGACGUGGACAUUGUGGAUUGUCCUGAGAAGGUCAUUGAGGACUUUGUCGCACAUGAUCGGGAUAUUAUCGUUCCUAAUAUCUGGUUCCAUCGGUAUGAGAACGGUCGCGACAUUGAGGGUAGAUUCGAUUACAACUCUUGGGUCGAGUCAAGAAAAGCUCGCAAGCUGGCUGCGAGUCUUCCAAAAGACGCGAUUCUCGUAGAGGGCUACAAGAAACAUUACGACACCGGGCGAACAUACAUGGCCCUAAUGGGUGACUGGCGGGAGAAUAAGGAUGAGGAGAUUGAGUUGGACGGUAUUGGCGGCGUCAAUAUCCUUGUCAAGGCGGAUGUUCACAGAUCAGGGAUCAACUUCCCGUGCUACGCCUUCGAAAAUCAAGCGGAAACAGAAGGAUUCGCAAAGAUGGCUAAGCGGGCCGGGUACGGCGUGUAUGGACUCCCCAACUACGUCGUUUGGCACGUCGACACCGAAGAGAAGGGCGAGAAAUGA